AUCAAUGAGGAAACCCCGUUCCGGUCUUUUACACUUCCGCUCACCCACGGGGUAAAAUUUAAGAAUGGCUGAAAGUUGGGAUGAGCCAGCACCUGCUGUAGCAGAACUACCAGAGAUAAAAUUGUUUGGUAAAUGGUCAUCUGAUGAUGUACAAGUCAGUGAUAUCAGUUUAACUGAUUACAUUGCUGUCAAAGAGAAAUAUGCUAAAUAUCUGCCCCACUCAGCUGGACGUUACCAGAUGAAACGUUUCAGAAAGGCACAAUGUCCAAUCGUAGAAAGACUUGUCUGUUCCUUGAUGAUGCAUGGAAGAAACAAUGGCAAGAAACUUCUUGCCAUGAGAAUAGUUAAACAUGCUUUUGACAUAAUUCAUUUAUUGACAGGAGAGAAUCCUUUACAAGUGUUGGUGAAUGCAAUCAUUAACAGUGGACCACGUGAAGAUUCCACCAGAAUUGGUCGUGCCGGUACAGUAAGACGUCAAGCUGUUGAUGUGUCACCUCUAAGAAGAGUAAACCAGGCUAUCUGGCUUCUGUGUACUGGAGCCAGGGACACAUCAUUCAGAAAUAUUAAGACAAUUGCUGAGUGUUUGGCUGAUGAACUCAUCAAUGCUGCUAAGGGAUCUUCUAACUCUCAUGCUAUUAAGAAGAAGGACGAGUUGGAACGUGUUGCUAAAUCUAAUCGUUAAGAGACUGUCAGAUAUCUCAGAUGAAGUAAAAAAAAAAUGUGAAAAAAA